GCGCGCUGACGUCACGACGCACACCCCUAUAUAAAGCAGGGGACGCGCCCGCGCCGCCCUUUCGGGUCCCGGCGGGGAGCGGAGCGGCGGAGUUUGCGGGGCAGGGGAGGGGAUGGCGCCGAAGAAGUCGUCUGUGCUCCUUAAGGGCAAGAAGAAAUCCGUCUGGAGGUUCACUCUCAACCUCUCCAACCCAGUGGAAGAUGGGAUCCUCGACUGCAGCAACUUUGAGCAGUUUCUGCGGGAGAAGGUGAAGGUUGGUGGGAAGGCCGGAAACCUGGGCAGCAUCGUCCAGAUCGAGAGCCUGAAAAACAAGAUCACUGUCACCUCAACCAGAAAGUUCUCCAAAAGAUACCUGAAGUACCUGACCAAAAAGUACCUGAAGAAGAACAAUCUGCGAGACUGGCUGCGGGUUAUCGCCUCCGAUAAAGAAAGCUACGAACUCCGCUACUUCCAAAUCAGCCAGGAUGAGGAGGAGUCCGAAACUGAGGAUUGAAGGGGGCUUUGCAUCCACGGGCCUAGGAUUCAUGUACCAAAGGAGUGUGGUUUUCAGAGAACAUCUAUAUAAAAAGUUAUUAACUUAUUAAUAAAUCACUACUUUCCCAGAAAAA